UGACUCAGUCCAUACAGUACUCUAAACUACGAGUCUACGACUUUUGUGGAAACAAAAAAGAAUAGAGACGAGCUUCAUUGUGAUCUCCUCGCUUCAUCAGUUGAUCUUACUGAGAAGUUAGAGACGGUGCGCGCGCGGCGACCAAAACCGAAAGCGUUUGUUUGUUUGGGUUUUGAGUUUAGCCGAGGUGUUGAAUAUUGCAGCUUGUCCGGUAUCCAGCUACCAUGCAUAUAUGAGUAAUAGUGUGGUAAGUGAAAUCAACGAAACAUCCGGAUAGAUCUCUUUUCUUGAUCGUUAACUCCACUCCAACAUGAGUACGAGCGUCUUUGUCUCCGUUUCAUCACUCGACUUGCUUCAUCGGUUCUUUGAUCUGUAAGUCUGAGAAGUUGGAGACUGCGGCGACCAAAAGCGAAAGCGUUUGUUUCGGCCGGAAGGAAGCCAAUUUAUUGUAUAAGAAGCUAAAUUGUGAGAUGGAAAAAUCAACAAGUUAUGAUCAAGAAAUGCAACAAAAAAUGGCGACUCAUGCUUCAUCAGUCACAUAUGGAAAUCAAAAUCAUGCUGAAAUUCAUCAAUUGGAUCAAGAAGCUGCAAGCAAUUCGACUCGUGGAAUUAAUGGAAAUCAACAUAGAGAUCAGUUGGUAAUUAGCAUCAAAGAAAUGGGUGAAAGCAGCUUGGACCCUCCCUUAUCAUCAGACGAGUGUUGUAUCUACAGGAUUCCAAAUUGGCUUCGCAAAUUGAAUGAGGAAGCCUACACUCCUCAGGUUAUAUCGAUAGGGCCUUUCCACCAUGGCACCAAAAGACUAGAACCCAUGGAAAAAUUGAAACUGAAAUAUUUUCAGAGAUUCCUGCAGCGGGUUGACUUCAACGUGGAGAUUUUAGUAAACACCAUAAAGCUGAAUGAAAAAAGUGUGCGUAGUUGUUAUGCAGAAACCAUCAAUUUUAGCAGUGACGAUUUCGUGAAAUUAAUUUUGGUAGAUGGGAUCUUUAUUAUUGAAUUAUUCUACGGAAUAUGGUUCCAAGGAUCAAAUAGUAUUGUUCGUGAGAACCAUGUACUGUUAAAUGCAAUAUCGUGGCAGUUAAUUAUGUUGGACUUGCAGUUACUUGAAAAUCAACUUCCUUUCUUUGCUCUUGAGAUAUUAUUCAGGCUUGCAGAUGUGCCAGUGCAUCCUUCCUUCACUUCGCUUGCAAUUAAGGUCUUUGAGGCUAGAAAAGAUCAAGAAUUUCCUGGAAAUCUUGGAGAGCAACCAAUUAGACACUUUGUUCAUUUGACCAAAGCAUUUUUUCUUCCAUCAUCCAGAAAGCUUUUGUCACCACAUGAAAGUAAUGAUCAUGCUAGAUCAGCUGAUCAUUUAUAUACUGAAAGCCGGUUGUACAAGGCUGGAAUGAAGUUUAAGGUAAGAUCAUGCAAAUGCUUGCUUGGCCUAACAAGACACUUUGCUGAUAUCACAAGAGCAUUUUUUCCUCCAUCAUCCAGAAAGCUGCGAGUGCUACCGCAUGAAAGUAAUGAUCUUCCUGGAGCUGAUCAUUUAUAUUCUGCAAGCCAGUUGUACGAGGCUGGAGUGAAGUUUAAGGUGAGCUCAAGCAAAUGCUUACUUGACCUGAAAUUCACCAACGGAACGUUGGAAAUUCCAUGCAUUAAUCUUUAUAAUGAGACGGAGACUAUUUAUCGAAACAUCAUAGCAUUUGAGCAAUGCCAUUAUCCAUGUGAUUCACAUUUUACAGACUACAUUGUGUUAUUGACUUUCCAAAUCAACACUCCCAAAGAUGCGGAUUUACUUAUUAGAAAAGGAAUCAUCAUUAAUUGGCUUGCCAACAGCAAUUCAGUGGCAUCUUUUAUCAAUAAUCUGGGGACGAAUAUUGUAUAUAUUAGCAAUAAAUCUGCUUAUCGUUGUUUGUUUCGAGAUUUGAAUGCAUUCUAUAGGAACACUAAGCAUACUUGGAAGGCUACCUUGAAACGUGAUUAUUUUGGCACUCCUUGGAAAAUAGCAUCUACUACAACGGCUGUUACCUUCUUGUUGCUCACUCUUGUACAAACUAUAUGCUCCAUCAUCCAAGUUGUGAAGAUAUGAAGAAGCUUUGUGCAUGGAAUUCUGGUAGGACAUCACAUUUUAUUUUACUCCUCACCUUUAGAAAUUAAUUUGUUAGAUUGCUAGCAACAGCUUCGAAAAUUUGAACAUAACAUGCACAAAGAUAAGUACUGCUUGAAAUAAUAUGCCUUAUCAUCACUUUCUUCAUCUUUUAGUACAGAGCCUCAGCUCUGAAUGCUGUAUAAAUACACCUGCCUAUUUAUAGAACAUAUACUACACUAAUAUCUUCUAACUUCACCACAUUUUCAUUCUUUACCCUGUUCUUCAUUUGCUGAUUUACAGAUUGCUUUGUGAUUUUCCAAACCCCUUGCAUUUGAUAGCACCACAGGUGAGGUCUUGGAUUCUAUGGUGAUUUCUUUGUUGUUGAGUUAUGUUUUCCUCAUUGUUUACUCAGACAAGUUCUUAGAAUAAAGUACAAAAUCAUAGUUCGAUGUCAUCCCCUCUGUGAUUUACAUGAUGUCUAGUGAAUUGUGUGAUAUCAAUGUUCUCUUUGCAUCAUUCAAGAUUUAGUUGCUUGAUUUGGAACAAUUUGUGAUUUACCAUAUGAAAACACGUUCGGUCAAAGAGGAUCUGGACCUAAGAGUUCAACUGUUAAAUUAUAA